AUGGCCGACAUUCCAGCUUCGGUAGUUAGAAAGCUCAUGCUUUUCACGGCUGCCAUGGUGUUUCUUCCAUUGACCACCUUCUUUACAUGCCAGUAUCUAUUUGACAACUCCAUUGUGAGUGGAGGCUCUGCUGCAGUGGCUGCCAAUGCUGUGCUCAUAGCAUACAUAGUUGUUGCUUUCACCGAGGAUACGUCCGACGCUUCUGAGGAGAAGGAGUCUAAGAAGGAUAUAUAA